UUAUCCAAAUGGGCCCAAUAGACGGCCCAAGUGAAUUCGGCCCAUAACCAAGAAGGCCCAAAUGACUCGCUCAGGUUUCGUUACUUCCUCUGCUAUAAUCUCCUCUUCUUCAACCUCCCAAGCGGAGCUUUCUGCCCCAACACUCUUUCCAAAAUGGCGGGUUUCAGGAGAAUUUGCAGUUCGUUUCUCAAACCUGUCAGUUCGAUGCAUCGGAGUUUAUCGCCGGCUCAGCUCAUCUUCCACCGGGGAGUCAAGACCAGGCUUUUUGUCAAAGAGCAAAGGAUUGUCCCUUUGUCACCGCUAAUCCUGACAAAGGUGAAGAUCCCACAUGUUGAACAGCGCAUCUGAGACUCUACGCGUAUCAACUGGAAGGCAAGCAGUGCUUGAAUUGGCAUGUCUGGUAAGCGUCAUAAGCUUGUAACUUGUGCACGGAUAAGCUUGUCAUGUUGUUAGCAUUGCAAAUUGGAUUCAAAGCCUUAUUUGAUGAAAAGUUAAGAGUUGUGUAGUUCUUAAACCGAUGCUAUGUUUCUUCUGAUUGAGAGAUAAAACAGUAUUUGUUUCGUCAUUUCAGUUAUAUUAGACUUAGCAACUGUUUCUCAGAAAUAUAUGCUGCGUGUUUUUUUUUUUAAAUUCACGAGAAAAAAAAAACAAAAGAAAUCUACUAUAACUCCGUAUAUUUUAUGUAGACUAGUAUGCUAGGGGCCUAGGGCAGAGAAAGAGCAGAAGGGAUUGAUGAGUGCCGUGUUUGAUGAGAUUCUAGAUGGCAAGCGUGCUUUGCUUGCUAUUAAUACCCUUGUUAGCUAGACAUGGAUUGAAAUUACGGCUUAACAAGAAAAUUUUGCUUUGCUUUGUUGUCCUCUUUGGGGCCUCAUCAUAAAGUCUUUUAAGGUUUUAGAUUAAAGAAUUCACAUCCUAUGCAGUUUCAUGAUGUGAUUACCUGAAGCUUUCAUUGUGACCUUGCCUUGUAACACAAUUAAAGGCUGCGUAACACGAAUCAGAGCUCGGAAUCUGGUCCCACCUCUUGACUCCUCCUUGCUCGUAUUCCUUCUUUUCUCACGGUCAUUUUGGAUCAGAUUUUGCAUGCACAUGUUAGGUAGGUCACUCCUUAAUCAGAUUUUUCUCAGUUUGAGCUUGACUAUCAGAAUCGAAAUGUUAAUCAAAUAGUGAAUGAAGCAACAGAAAAUUGAAGAGAUAAUAUACCUAACUAUCGAGGACGGACUCAGGAUUUGGGCCUAGGUGGGCAAGAUCCUAGUGGGGCCAAAUAGUAAGAUAAUUGUUCAAAGUACGAAGCGAAUAUAAGAAAUUUUAUCAAAAUUUAAAAAAUUAUAUGUAAAUUUUCUCGAGGCGUGACAUUUUUUGGGGGACACUGCCACCCAUAGACCCUCUCGGGUCCAUCUCUACUCUGUUUAAAACUUGACGAAGUCGAUCGUCAGCUUGUGCUAGUGGUAGGAGUAGUACUUGUGCUAGUGGUAGUAGUAGUGGCCUUAGUGGGGACUGGACGCUCUGUAUCUAUCUACCUUUGGCCGUAUACAACCUUAAUAAACAACAGGCCAAAGUCCAAAGCAUUAAAUCUAAUAGAUGGAUUUGUUUGACGAAACAAAUGGGAAUUUCUUUAUAUAAAUUAAUUUUUUUAGAACUAAUUAAUUGUUUAGAUAAUAUUUUUACUUAACCCAUUCUUUGUUAAGAUUUUGGUCGACUCUUUCAAGUUUCAUGGCUUAUAAAUUCCCGCCUGCUUUGGCGAAAAAUAUCCACUCACACCCUUCCCUACUAGAACAGAAAGGUUCUCAGCGGAAUGAUUCCCGGUUCUCGACCACCACCGCAGCCGCCGCCGGUCCCUUCCUGUGGCGACAGUAGUGGUGGCAGCUUCACCCUGCUCCACCCGGAUAUCAUCCGCGCCCAUAUACUCUCCCGCCUUGACGGCCCCAGCCUCGCCUCUGCUGCCUCGUCUUCUUCCCAGCUCCGAACCAUCUGCUCAGUAGAUGAGCUGUGGCGCGACAUCUGUGCAUCCACUUGGCCCUCCACCACCAACCCGAGCCUCCACGACCUCAUCUCCACCUUCCCGUUGGGGUUCCGCUCUUUCUACUCCGACUCGUACCCGAUCCUCCACUUACCAUCCAUCCCCAGCGGUCCUCUCGCUCCAUCUCUAAAGAUGCCCUCAAAGUUGAUAUCUGCUAUAGAUAUAUUCUACGCAGGUGACCUCCUCUUCUCAAAGGUGCAGGAAACUGAAACCUCAAUUCCCCGGUUCAUGUUCACCACAUUCCAGAUUGAUCUGCUCGAGCCAAAAGAGUCCAUUAAGACUCCCAUACCUUACGCGAGUCAAAGUGUCGAGAACAUGAUAAGGCACUUGGAGGAGAACUUGACCCUGAACUGGAUCCUCGUCGACCCAACCUAUAAACGAGCAGUCAAUCUACCAAGCCCCCAGCCUGUAUCAGUGUGUCGGGACUGGCUGUAUUUAGGUGUAGCGCAGCUGCAGUUUUCAUCCUUUCUUGGGGGUGACCAUGAAGAGUCCGAGUUUGUGGAGUGUCGCCCAACGCUCGUGUGCAGACGUGGGGUGGAUGGGAGGAUGGAGGUGGUGGAGGUAAGCAUGAGGAUGGAGGACAUAGAAGGGAGAGGAUUGAGCGGCAAGAGCAGUUUGGUCAUUUUAGCCGAGGCCAUGGAGGGCGAGAAGAGGAGUCUGAAGGUGAGGAGAGGUGCAGGAGGAAUAGGGAUCGCCAUGAAAGAGAGGUUUGAAGAGUUUCAGGAGAUGAAGAGGAAGAGGAGAGAGAGGCGGCGGAGGUGGGAGAGAGCCGCAGACAUGGCUUGCAUUGGCGUUGGGAUCGCCAUCGCCAUGAGUUUCUUCCUCUGGCUGCAUGGUCUGUUCAGCUGCAGCACGAGUUAAGUAAGUCGGCUUAAAGGUUCAGGCUCGGUUUGCUGUACUAGAAGUCCCAGAAGAUGUGGAUCAUAGGGCCGGGGAGGACAGAAUAACCUUGACAUGGAGAAUACCAUCGGCAUCAUCAGCCCGAGUUUCAUCGAUGCAAUUUAGAAGUUGUUUGAUGUCUAACUCAUCAUGUCGAAUAUGAUAUUGUACGAGAGAGAGAGAGAGAGAGAGAGAGAGAGAGAGAACGCGAUCCAGCCUUUACUACUUCCUUCAUAUCGUGUCUAUUCAUAUAGUGAUUGCAUUUCGUUUAAGGUAGUGACAGGUGAGGAGUCUCUAUUGUUUCCCAAUUAGCUUCAAAGCAAAAAAAAAAAAAGAAAGGGGUCUCUCUUGUUUCCCUUUCGUGGGCGAGGCACGUGAGUGGAUCGACUUGAUCAUCACGAAAUAAAUGGGAGAAACCAAUCUUUCACUUGUUAAA